CACUGUGACCAGCUGACUUUCCGCUCCUGACACCAAGUCUCUUGUGCCACGGUGGAAAUAUAUCUUCAAACUGUAAGCCAGAAUAAACUGUAUUUUUUUUUCUGAGCUUCUUUGUCACGGUGUUUUAUCACAGCAACCGUAAGUACAGGUUGUGCCAGUGAAAAUGAAAGCAACUAAGCAGAGCCAUAGACUUCCAAGUCUUGGCCAGUUCCUUCUAAAGGGAAGGAGCAGGAUGUUAGAGUUGGGCAAUUGUGUCUAUAGAUAAAAUAUGACCUUUGUCUCAUGACCGCUAAGGAGACUGUAAGGGGGCAGGGCUAUCAGGAGACAACUGUAAAAUCACAGUUAUUGAGUCACAGAGUCAAGUGUCCUGAGGACUCACAGAACUCCAGAGUGACCACUGCAAGACUUUACACACGCACUGACAAGAAAUGGCCACCCAGGAAGAAGCUUCUGAGGAGAGGAUUUCUGAAUUCGAUGAUGAUUUGGCCUCUGAGUUCUCUGCUCUUCUGGGUGUGGAUGCUCAUCAGGUCUUAAGAAGACAAGAUGAAGAAGACCAUAAAUUACGAAUGAAAAUGAAGAAAGGUUUUAACCCACAGAUGCGCAGUGAAGCCAAACGAUUAAAGACUUUCGUGACCUAUGACACAGUCAGAUCAUGGACGCCACAGGAGAUGGCGGCCGCUGGGUUUUACCAUACUGGGGUGAAACUUGGGGUUCAGUGCUUCUGCUGUAGCUUAAUCCUCUUUUGCACCAGACUCAAGAAUCUUCCUAUAGAAAACCACAAGAGAUGGCGUCCGGAAUGUGCGUUCCUUUUGGGCAGAGAUGUUGGGAACAUUGGCAAGUAUGACAUAAGGGUGAGGAGUCCAGAGAAGCUGAGGGGCGGCAAAGCAAGGUACCGGGAAGAGGAGGCCAGACUGGAGUCCUUUGAGAACUGGCCAUUCUAUGCCCAUGGGACAUCGCCACGUGUACUCUCAGCAGCUGGCUUCGUCUUUACAGGUAAAAGGGACACUGUGCAGUGUUUCUCCUGCGCUGGAUGCCUGGGAAACUGGGAAGAAGGAGACGAUCCUUGGAAGGAGCAUGCCAAGUGGUUCCCCAAGUGUGAAUUUCUUCGAAGUAAGAAAUCCUCGGAGGAAAUUGCCCAGUAUAUUAAAAGCUACGAGGGAUUUGUCCAUGUUACGGGAGAACAUUUUCUGAAUUCCUGGGUCAGAAAAGAAUUACCUAUGGUGUCAGCUUACAGCAAUGACAGUGUCUUCGCUAAUGAAGAGCUAAGGCUGGACACUUUUAAGGACUGGCCCCAUGAAUCACCUGUGGCUGUUGAAGCUCUGGUCAGAGCAGGCCUUUUCUACACAGGCAAAAAAGACACUGUCCGGUGUUUUUCCUGUGGAGGAUGCAUGUGUAAAUGGGAAGAAGGUGACAACCCAUUAGAAGAGCACACCAAGUUUUUUCCCAACUGUGUCUUUCUCCAAAACCUGAAGUCCUCUGCAGAAGUGAGUCCAGCCCUUCAGAGCCACUGUGCACUUCCGGAAACCAUGGACAGCACAGGUGAAAGCAAUCAUGAGGACCCAGCGGCAGUUCACUCUACCGUGGCCGAUGAUGCUCCAAGUGAAGCCCAGGGAAGUGAUUGUCCAUCCAGUGGUGCUUCCCUCCUGUCCACAGACCUGCCUCAGAGGGAAGCCCAGUGGUUUCAAGAGGCAAAGAGUCUGAGUGAGCGGCUGAGAGGAGUCUACACCAAAGCCACUUUCCGCCACAUGGAUUUGCCAGAGGUGUGUUCCAGCCUAGGCACUGACCACUUGCUUGGCUGUGAUCUGUCCAUCGUCUCAAAGCACAUCAGCAGGCCAGUGCAAGAGGCCAUGAUGCUUCCUGAGGUCUUCACCAACCUCAGCUCUGUCAUGUGUGUGGAGGGCGAGACCGGCAGUGGGAAGACAGCCUUCCUGAAGAAAACAGCUUUCCUCUGGGCAUCAGGAUGCUGUCCCCUGCUGAACAGGUUCCAGCUGGUCUUCUACAUCUCCCUGAGGUCCACCAGACCAGACCAGGGGCUGGCCGACAUCAUCAGUGCCCAACUCCUUGAGGCAGGAGGAUGCAUUAGUGAAGUGUGCCUGAGCAGCAGCAUCCAGCAGCUAAGGCACCAGGUGCUGUUCCUGUUGGAUGACUACCGUGGGAUGGACUCACUGCCCCGAGCCAUACAAACACUGAUUACAAAAAACUACUUGUCACAAACCUGCCUAUUGAUCGCUGUCCAUACAAACAGGGCCAGGGCCAUCCGCCCAUACCUAGAUACAAUCCUAGAGAUCAAAGAGUUUCCCUUCUAUAAUAUUGUCUCUAUACUACGGAAGGUCUUCUCACAUGAUAUAACCCGUGUGGAAAAGUUUAUGGUUUACUUAGGAAGGAGUAAAGAUUUGCAGGGAAUUCACAAAACCCCCCUCUUUGUGGCCGCAGUCUGCACUGACUGGUUUCAAAAUCCUUUUGACCAGACCUUUGACGAUGUGGCAGUUUUCAAGUCCUAUAUGAAAUACCUUUCCUUACAGCACAAGGCUACACCUGAGCCUCUCAGGGCCACUGUGUCCUCGUGUGGUCAGCUGGCCUUGAGAGGGCUUUUCUCAUCUUGCUUUGAGUUCAGUAGUGAGGACCUCACAGAAGCAGGAGUCGGUGAAGAUGAAGAUCUGACCACCUGCCUGAUGAGCAAAUUCACCGCCCAGAGACUGAGCCCCGUCUAUCGGUUCUUAAGUCCUUUGUUCCAAGAAUUUCUUGCUGCCAUGAGGCUGACUGAACUCCUGAGUUCAGAAAAAAAGGAAGACCAAGAUCUGGGACUUGAUUAUUUGAAACAGAUUAACUCACCCAUGAAGGCUAUAAACUCCUAUAACAUAUUUUUGAAGUAUGUCUCCAGCCACUCUUCAUCAAAGGCAGCGCCCAUGGUUGUGUCUCACUUGCUUCAGUUGGUGGAUGAUAGAGAAUCUCUGGAGAACAUGUCUGAAGAUGAGCAUUACAUGAAGCUCCAUCCAGAAACUUCACUGUGGGUGCAGUUUGUUAGGGGAUUGUGGCAGGUAUCUCCUGAAGCUUUUUCUUCAUUCGUCUCAGAACAUCUGCUGAGCGUUGCUCUAAACUUCGCUUAUGAAAGCAACACGGUCGCUGCAUGUUCUCCAUUUAUUUUACAAUUCCUUCGAGGGAGAACACUGUCUCUGAAAGCCCUGAAUUUCCAGUACUUUGAGGACCACCCAGAGAGCCUGCUACUGUUGAGGAGUGUAAAAGUCUCCAUAAAUGGGGAUAAAACAUCAUCUCAUAUAGAUUAUUCAUUCAAGACAUAUGUUGAAAAAAUACAGCCCCCUACUAUUGAUCAGGACUACACAUCUGGCUUUCAGCAUAUAAGCGAAUGGAAGAAAACUUUCACUGAGUAUGAGGAAGCCAUAAAAAACUUCAGAGAUAGCCGACCCAGGGCCCUACCAGACCUCAGUGAAGGGUACUGGAAACUGUCACCCAAGCAGUACAAGAUCCCUAGGCUGGAAGUUGCAGUGACCACCAUGGGUCCCGCAGACCAAGCACUGCUCCGAGUCCUAAUGGAAGUCUUCUCAGCAUCACAGAAUAUCGAACUCCAUUUGGACCACAGCAGUGGCUUUCUUGAAAGCAUCCGCCCUGCUCUGGAGCUGCAUAAGUCCUCUGUCACCACGUGCUCCAUGUGUGGACUGGAGCUCAGCGCAGCAGAACAGCAGCUGCUUCUUACACUGCCUGCCCUGCAGACUCUUGAGGUCUCAGGGACAAACCAGUUACCAGGUAACGCUGAGUGCCGCAUAACCAUUCUGGUUGACACCGUGUUUUCUCGUUCUGAGUUUUAGAUG